AGGUUCCGGCUCGGGCGGGGAGGGUCCUUUCGUUCUGCCACUGGCGGUGCACCGCUCAAACAGCCCUCCUGACUGAGACUCAUCCUUACUGAGAGGCGUCAAAUCCCCUUUGUGAUGGACCGAACAGUCCACAAGGGCCUUUCAAGCAUCUUCCUGAUAUUUUUCUUCUUCAUCUCAUGCACACGAGCCUUCCUUCUCCCGCUACGCUUCUCUACCUCCUCGCCCUCUCGUGUCCCUUCCUCCACGUCCUCCCGGCCACUAUCCUCUCUCACGCUCGAUAGCCUCCCGCUCCCCUCAAGCACACGCUGCAGCACCAGCAUCUCAAGAAGACGACACAUUUUGUUCGAUUUCCGCACUUUUGCGACGCCGCGGGAGGAUUCCACUCCUUCCAACGCCAUCACCUCCCUCCUCGUUCGCCUUGGCUACCAGCCAGAGGAGAACGACGCGGACCCACGGUCCCUCCGCGAGCGACUGCAAGAUUUUGGGCUGGCAGGUGUUGCGUCCUACAUUGCGUCUGAGGUGUUGUUCUGGUUUAUCUCCUUGCCAGUAGGGAUCGUCGCCUUCCAUCAAAGCACGGGGGAGUGGCUGGAUUUGAGCACGAGUGACGGGCAAGCAAAGGUAGCAGCUUUUUCUGCAGGCUUCCUCACCUUUGCUCGUGUCGCGCUCCCCCUGCGUGCUGGCGUUGCCUUCGCCCUCGCCCCUGCACUUAAUAAGUAUGUGAUUCGACCCUUGGUGGCCAGGGGCGUGCUAGAAGAUAAGGAAUGAGGACGAAAAGCGGAGGGGAGCAGAGGGAACCGUGAGUCGAUAGUUGCAAUGUGUGCCGUGGGCUCGAAGGGGAGCAGAGGGAACCGUGAGUCGAUUGUUACAAAGUGUGCCGUGGGCUUUGAUGGGAAUCGAGGGACUUGACGAUAGUGGCAGGUGGAAGGAAAAUAAGUUCUUAAUCCGGCAAAAUCAACGUUGCACCCUAAAUUCUUUGAGGCAAAUUCAGAUCGAAUGUUGACAA